GCCAAUUUCAAUGACAAAAUGAAUCAUGAAUAGAAAUUUGUUUUCAAUGUGAUUUAAAUAACAUCUAUAGUAAAUAUUUUAGUUUAAAUGGCUACUGAUCAAAGUGCAGAAGUCCCUGGAGCUAUAAGGCUUAUGGUCAAAGUAUGGGGAGCCUUCUCAGCCCUUUGUAAGUGCAAUUUUAUAACACUGAUUUUCUGAUCAUGUCAAUAUGUGAAUAUGUCAUUGUUUUGAAUUGAAAAAUUAUUAUUUACCCCUUAAAAACGUCGUAAAGAAGUAUAUUUUGUUUGUAAGAUACGUCUGAUAUGAGUUAGUGUGUUAAGUAACAAAUAAAACGUAUAUUUUAGUCACUACAUUUGCGAAAGGUUUGGGGUCAAAAAAUAGCUUGUUUACAAUUUGUAUAAAUAUACGAGUGCAGCCGGCAAGUAAUGUUGAAAUAGCUCGUUAUUAGAUUUAAUUAAUGACUAUUUCGUGGUUUUCUUAAAUAUAUUGAUGAAAGUUGUGGUGUACAAAUUUCGGAUGUAGCUGUUUUCAAAAUCAUAAUUUCAUUUAAUUUGUAUACUCUAUUUCGUGGGAUCAUAUUAAAUGUGGGAUUGAAAAGGCCACGUCUAUAAAAGAGAAUAAAUUAGCAUAUUUAACGUUAGUAUAGCAUCAUGCAAAGGACUAGUAAAUUUGAACCCCAAAUUUUUUCUCGAUAUUUUGAUGUCUAGUAAAUGCAGAAAUAAAGAAAAUAAAUUUUAGUAUGCAUAUCGAACAGGUUUACACAUUGUUCCUUUACUAUUACAGGUAGUUUAUUCUAUAUUCAUAUAGUCAGAAUUUUAAGAAUUCCAAAGUAUAUUUAAUAAAUUAGCAUGACAUUCCAGUUAAUGCAGGAUGAAUGAGAGCACAGCUAACCAUACAAAUUCUUGUGGGAAACGGUUAGUUUGCUGACCUCAGAAUGACAUUUCGUCAAAACUUUUUUCUUCAAGAUUGGUUUAGAAACAAACUUGGAGUAGGGUUAGGUUAGGGUUGGGAUUAGGAUUAUGGUUAGAGUUGGUGUUUGGAAUAGGGUUAGUGUUAGUAAAACCGUUGCUUUGUUACGUUUUGUCACUCUGAGGCCAGCGAAAUAACCUCUUCUGUUCUUGUGGGAACAAAGCCGGACUAGUUUGCAUACUGUAUGCAUGGUGGUUCCGAUCGAAAUGGUCCAUCUUGUGUGAAGGUAGCCACAGGCACACAAGGUCGAGGCCAAGUUACUAACAAGCCCCCAAUAUUUGAUGUACAUACCUUUUACUUCAUUUUAGUGAGCAUUGGUUUUGGUGUGUUUGUCAUGAUCACAGUUACUCCCAUAUGUCUAGCCGCUGGAGCUAUUAUGGUGUAUGUUGAAUAAUUUGUGCUAGAGACAAAUAUUAAACGCUUGACAUCAAUUGGAAAAAUACAUAAAAUUCGGUUAAAACUACAAUCUUGGCCAAAAGCUUGUAGAACAACUGAAGGUUUCCUAUUUUCUCUGAGUGGUCAUGGGCUGCUCAUACAGCGCGUGCCAAAAUGGGGUCUGUUGUCACAAUAAUUGUCACACAAAACUGCCAAAACCAUGAAAAAUAUUUUAAAAUUUUUUUGUCCAACCUACAUUACCUACCUUAAUUUUCUCACGAUAUGAAACCGGAACCACAAGUAUUUUUAGGCCCUAUUGCAGCUACAUAAAACAACACUGAAUGGGGGGCCGGGGGGAGGUGAUAUAUAAGGAGAAAAAUGUCUGUCGUUCUGUGGUUUUUGGCCAAAAUUGACUAGCUAGAAUAGCACAGUUUAACUGGGAAUAGUUCUGGGAAUAAAUCAUGGCUGGUAUUUUCCCAAUAGUUCAUCUAAUGCUGUGUUUGUGAGCAUAAACAGAUAAUUCAUCAAGACUAAUUAUGGAGAAAAUUUCUAUACAGUUUAAUACUUUCUAUUUCAGUACCUCUGGCUUGAUGGUGUUGACACUUGAAGCUCCUGUUUUAUGUUUUAAAAUUGAAGCAUUUGCAAAAUUAAGCAAAUGGGUUGAAGACCAUGUGCGAUUCUGGAUACGAGCAUUUAUUUAUCUUUGGUAACAGAUUGUUGAAUUUAGUACAUCUGUAUUGUAGAGGACUGAAUGUAAUUGUGGUGUUUUUCACAAAACUAAAUCAUCAAAUAUUCAUUUUCUCUUAACCUCUUUUGUUAGUUUUGCAUUACUUCCAUUUGUGAUGUGCCGUGAAUUGUCAACGUUUAUUGGCAGUGGAUCAGUAAUGGUGACGGCAGCUUUAUAUGGAGUCAUGGCAAUUGGGAAAAAGUAAAAUAUCUUUAUUCUUGAGACUUUUUCAAUUGAAACCAAGCCACCUCAGCAGAAGGCUGCCUAAAGAUAGACAAUACUGCUGAGAAAGCUUUGGAUUGAUAGCGAUACAACUACCCAAAAUUUACAAGGAGAACUUAGACAUUUCGAGCGAAGGUGCUUGUAAGGCUCUCCACAAGACUACUACAUAUAAUGAAAAGAUUAUUUUCUCACUCUGAUAACCGCAGGUUGACAACAAUCUGUUGCAUACUUAGUGCUUAGUGGAACUCAUUUAUAUCUAUGGUAUGUUUUUGUAUAGAGGUCAAGCAACAAGCCAAUCCAAACCAAACGAUGAUGAUGUAGAAAUGAAAGAAUCACUAGUGGACAGUAAAGGAGAUCCCAAAGAACUAGGCUCACCUUCUUAGAGUUUAGAAAAAUUGACAAUUAUUACUGGGAAACAAGUCACUGUAAAAUAUGUCGAAGUAGUCAGUGAUUGUCAUGGAAAUAAUUACCCUUGCUGUAAAAUAUGUAGAAAAUGUAAGACACUUCAUUAUAAGUCUUAGAUUGAUCAUGAAAAUGUCCUUUUCUAACAUGAAGAGUAAAAUUUGCAAUUUUUGUGAUAACUGAUGUCAUUCUUACAAAAUGCACCUUACAGUAGCUGCCUGCACUAGGUAAUAAUAUACUACAGUGUCAAAAGACAAAAAGAUAAUUUAUUUCAAUUUAAUUUAUUGCAUUCAUUAUGAGUGAAAUUGGUAUUACUUUAUUGGAUGGUAUGUAUCUUGUUUUAAAUAAAAGAAACAUGUUGUAAAUAAAAAUUAUUUGAUGUUUGAAAGAGUAAAAUUUCAGUUUUUACUUUCCUGAUCUAUUUGUGUUGGUGGAUAUGGCAAAAACCAAAGACAUUUCUUGUGAAUUAUACUAUAACAUCUUUAUUAUUAACUGAUCAAUCCAUUCAAUAUAUCAUGGUUGUAACAUUGCUUGUAAAAAUCUAAUUGGGAAUAAAUGCACAAUCAUACAUCUCUGGCCAGAUAAAGUAUGAACUGCACUAACACCAUACCAUCAAGAGUCAAUACAUAAAAUUAUAGUCAGAUUGGAUGUUCCUACCGUAAAUUAGAGUCUCGUUAGUUCAAAUUGAUUAAAACUAUCCUUUCAUCGCUUGGUCGAAAAUCUCACGGCUCACUAUCAUUCUUUGAAUUUGCGCAGUUCCUUCAUAAAUCUAAAAGAUCAACAACAUAUUAUGAA